CUUUACUCUUUAUUAUAAUUAUAUAUAUAUCAUAUGUCUGCCCCUAGUGAAAAGCAAAUUAAUCAAAACGUUGACAAGGCUGCUGAAGAAACAAAACAAGAACUCAAUAAGCUCAGAGCUGAAUAUGAAGAACUCAAGAGACAAGCUAAGCCAAAGGUACAAGAAGCUGAAUCUUUUCUGACUUCUCCCUCUGCUAUUGGUUUCUAUCAAGGUCUUGUUGUUGGUGUCUUUGUCGUCUUGGGUUAUGCUAAAUACAAAGGUGGUUUGGUUGUCUAAAUGUAAUAAUAAAUAAUUUUUAUUUGAACUACGUAAUUGUUAUGAG